AUCAAACUGUUCAUUUCUUCCUAUCAUGUUACAGAAAAUUACGGAAAAAUCUUUUCCACUCCCUCAGUAAAUUUCGCUCAUAUUACUGUCAAUUUUCCCUCCAAAUUCUCCCACAUUUUCCCUCCACUUCCGUAACCCUAGCGUCCUCUCUCUCUCUCUCUCUCUUUCUCUCGACUGAGUGAAAUUGAAUGAUUUGAAAAAAAAAAAAAACAAAAAUGGGCUCGCUUGGAGACGAUGAUGGUGAAAUCAAACCAAUCAAUACAGACCCAAAUGCCAAUUUUGCUCAUUUCGAGACCCAGGUCCUUGAUAGCCAGUUUUCACCUUCUACAUUGUCUGGUGAAAAGGGUGAAGCUGAGGAUGCUGAGGAAUUAAAAUAUCUGCAGAACACCAUGGCUUUUGAGGAUACUGUUCCCACUGAAUAUGCAUUUGAAACCCAAGUAGUGAAUCUUGAUGGGGAAACCCAAGAAUUGAAUAUUGGUGACGAGACCCAAGUGUUGGAUGAUCCAGAUUGCAUUUAUAAUAUGGACACACAGUUAUUGGAUGAGUUUGAUAAUGAAGUUGCCAUUGAUAGUGAUAGUGAGGGUGAAGGAACAGAUAGAACUGAAGUUUUGGAUGAUAUUGAUGAGCAAUCUGAUGAUGGAUUGGUAAGAAGUGGCAGUGGUCGGUUAGUGGAUGAGGAGAAGGUUCAGGACACUUCUCUUCGUGAACAUGAUAAAAAGGGAGUGAUGGAGCAGUCUGACCCUUUAGCUGAUAAAAAGCAGAAUCCAGAAGUCCAUGUGUCAACUGCAACACAUAUUGUUCAAUGCGUCCAAGAACCAAAACCCGGAGCUCAGCCAUUGCGGUUUACUACAGUUUGUGAAGGAAUGUUCCGUGCCUCUGCUCUAGCUCGCAUGGCUUUGAAGGGAGUUAGCAAUGGAUCAUGUUAUGUCCCAAGUAACAAUCAGACUCUGGAAGUACUUACUGUCAAGAAUAGUGAGACGUCUAUCAUACAGGAUCCCCCAAAAGUUGGGGAGCUAGUAGAUCAGGAACCUGAUGUUGGAGGAUGCAAUGGAAAAAUGAAGGGAUCAAGGAAUGAAAAUGUGUGCAGGGCUGGCAGUAAAGCGGCUAGAAAACUUUUCACUGAUGAUUCACAUGAUGUCUAUGGAGGACUUCCUCAUAACAGCAAUAAUGUUGAAGUAGAAGAGUUGCCUCAGUUGCCUGAUUGUGAUGAUGGAUUGGCAGGGUUAAGCUAUGCUGACUCUCAAGAACCUGGAGAGUUAUCACAGGCCAAUGCAUUGGAUUUUGUGGACAGGUUCCUUAAAGAUAAUGCCAUGGAAUCUCAACAAGAAUAUGACCAUGGAAAGAAAUCUUGGGGAAAAUCAAAUUCUCUCUCAAGUGCAAAGGGCCAGCAAAGUUUGGCGAAGAAAGCCAAUGUUAGAAACAUAUUUGGAGAAACGGGGAUUUUUGACUGGGAUGAUACCCGUGAGGAUGAUGGAGGGGGAGAUAUCUUCCGCCGAAAGAAGGAAGAAUUCUUUGAUAGUGGAGGCCACGGGAGGAGAUCCUUUACCAAACCCCAAAAGUCUGGAGUAAGCAGACUAGAUGACUAUAGAGACCAUCAAGAACAUUUAAAAGUCAAUAACAAAAGGAUGGGUUUGGCUCAUUCUGAUUCAAAACUAAUGUUGCAAAAACCAAAAGUGAAUGACAAGACAGUGCAAGAAUUAAAUUUGAAACGAAACCUUGCCAAUGAGUUGAAUGAAGAGUCUAAUGACAAUCCCUCAGGAGGAAAGUUGGAAACUAAUUUUGCUCAGAAAGAUGUGCCAGAAAUAAUGAAUGUAGGUUUUGAUACACAGAUGGCAGCUGAAGCUAUGGAAGCCUUAUUCCAGGGUGAGGGCAUUGCUAACCAUGAUGCUAAAGAUGUCCAUCAAGGUGGACAGAACCGUUCAAAGGGUUCUUGCAGAGGUUCUUUCAGAGGAGAAACGGAUAAUGUAAAGCAGCCCUCUUCUCGUAAGAGGGUAAGACCCUCUGGUGCUUCAAGUCAGAGCAAGAAAGUUAAGAGCAACAGUGUCAAAUUAUGUAAAGAGUCCUUGAUUUCAUCUAAGAAACAUUUAGAUAAUGUUUCUAAGAUCAAUGGGAGUGGAAACUCUGACAAAAUGCCAUCUAAGAUCAUUCAGCGAAGAAAGGCAGGAGGAACUUUGGACAGAAGCUGCAUUAAGGAGUCCAACAGAUUUGAUGGCAAUGCGACACUAAGUGGAGGUGGCACAGUUAAGAAGUGGAAUUUACUAGGAGAAGAUGGUACAUAUGCACCUGUUGCUCAUCGAACUAGACAGUCAUUGGUAGUAAAUCAAUUGAAGCAGGCUGAGAAUGCAUCCAGUGACCUUAGGGAAGAGAUGAAUUAUCCGAUUGAGGUUUGUGCCCUAGAAAAGAAAAGCAAACAUAGUACAGGCAUCCAGGCUUCUGCAUUCUUGAAGGAAAAGUCUUCUAUGUUUUGUCCUAAUCAAUCCAGAGAAGUUGACAAUGUAAAACCAAGUCGUCAUGAGCAAUCCACUCAAAGGCUGACAGCUUAUGCCAAUGGUUCUGAAAUUGAUGCAUUGAGCUGUCCUCGAAGGAGAAGAUCUUGUCGAAAGUUGUCUGAUCCUGAUAACUUAGAUGAUGCACCUGAAUCUGUUCGGCCAAAAGAUAUUGGACAAUCUGUCACCAAGCGCAAAAGGCCACUUGAUGAUGCUAAAAGCACUUUGGUUGAUUCAAACAUGAAGAGGAAAACACGAUCAGGGGGUGCUAUUUAUGGUAAGUCUGGUGAGAUUGAUGGAGAAAUGAUAUCUAAAGAUCUAGCUGGGGCAAAGGCAAAUAGGCGCUCUGACAGAAACAGUAGUGCAAGUUGCCCAUCGUCUGCUAAAAAAGUGAAUGCCAGGAUGGAUGAAUCACCUAGUGAGAAAUGUAAAGUAUCUGAUUCAGCAUGUGCUACUACUCCAGUUAACUGUAGGACACCUGAGAAUGCUGCAUCACCCGUUUGUAUGGGCAAUGAAUACUUAAAACAGUCAUGCAAGAGAAACAUGUCACUUUUUCUGAAAGAAAUCCGUAGCCUAAGUACUGCCGGGCCUGAGCCUCCUUCUGCAUUAAAAGAUUCAAGAAAGAGGAGAGAUAUAACUGAUGUUCGAGUUUUAUACAGCCACCACUUGGAUGAGGAUAUAAUUAAGCAGCAGAAGAAGAUUUUGGCCCGGCUUGGAGUUUCCAUGGCGUCUUCUAUUACAAAUGCCACACACUUCAUAGCAGAUCAAUUUGUGCGUACAAGGAAUAUGUUAGAGGCCAUUGCUUCUGGAAAACCAGUGGUGACACAUUUAUGGCUUCAGAGCUGUGGACAAGCUAGCUGUUUCAUUGAUGAGAAGAAUUACAUUUUGAGGGAUGCCAAAAAGGAAAAGGAGUUUGGCUUUAGCUUGCCAGUUUCAUUGGCACGCGCAUCCCAGCAUCCACUUUUGAAGGGUCGAAGAGUUUUGAUUACCCCAAAUACAAAGCCUGGUAAAGAAAUAAUUUCAAGUUUGGUUAAAGCAGUACAGGGCGAGGCGGUGGAGAGAACUGGCAGAUCUACUCUGAAGGGGGAUAAAAUUCCAGAGGAUUUGCUGGUUCUAUCUUGCGAAGAAGAUUAUGCUCUCUGUGUGCCUUACCUCGAAAAAGGAGCAGCAGUUUACAGUUCAGAGCUGUUAUUGAAUGGUAUAGUUACUCAGAGGUUGGAGUAUGAAAGGCAUCGCCUCUUUGUGGAUCAUGUUAAACAAACCCGUUCGACAAUAUGGCUGAGAAAAGACGGAGAUCAGUUCCUUCCUGUGACUAAACAAAAAUAAGAUCCAUUUUAUUCAUCUGCUCUUCUGAUUUUCCUCCUGAUCCCCUGUAGGCGUUUUUGGUAGAAUGUAGUGAUCAAUAUAUAAUAUUGUGAAUGUUCCCAGCUCUAGGCCUUCCAUGUAAAGAUAAGUAUGCUAUAGAAAAGAUUAAUGUAUAAGUUUGUUGCC